ACGAACCACCAGCAGUCUAAGAGGAGGGAAAGGAGAGUCGGAGACGGAAGCAAAGUUAAGAAGAUGAGCUCAGCGGAGAGAUUAGAUUGUUGCUGAAAAGAGGGAAGAGAUGAGUCUGUUAUCAUGGGCCUGAAUAUAGACUUAAUAUACUUAAAACAGAAUAAAGAAUUCAUAUUACCUACUGUUCAAAUAUUAUUCCCUGGCGAGGCUGUUUUAGAUAAGAAAGAUGAAGAGAAUUUAUAGCACAUGAGAAAUAACUAGAAUCCAUCCUUAUUGAAGGAACAGUUCCCAAUUUCCAACUAGGUUUUAAUUUAAUCUUGGUGACUAAAAACAGAAAGGCUAUGGCAUAUCUUUAUUUUCUCAUUGUCUAUGACUUCUUUAGAGAUUACUUAACAUUUUUUACCAUGUACUUAUGUUCUGACAUACGAAUGCUAAAGCCUGGAAUUCAAAGCAUUUAGGCCCCCCUUUAUUCAUACUGCAUUUCUUAAAGCCCUUACGUGAAGAAAAGCUUGCUCUAAGUCUGGUUAGUUGUACUGUUCCACAUUUCUUAUCAUGCUGUGCCUUCGACUGAACAUGUCUACUUGAAAGGAUAUGAGGUGGAAAAGUGGUUGCACGAGUGCAUCUCCAGAGUUAUUCCCGUAAGGCUUCACACAUCAAACCCCAUCAUGCUGAAGUUUCCAACAGAGCUCAUUGUCCACAAGGGCAAAGUGUCCUCCCUCCUCUCUGUAGUGGGAGGACUCCUGAUGACAGUCACAGCUGGGAGUCGGUGUCUGGAUGUGGCUUUGAGGACGGCCCAGAAUCCGGCUAACCUGCUGCGCCUGUCCAACACACUGAUUGGCCUCAUGGGCCUCAGAUACCAAAUGCAUGCUAACUCCAUGGCAAAACGCAAACUAAAAAGGCUGUAUUUCACUGACAGUUUCAACAGCCUCUUUGACAUUAUAAGAACAACACUGCUACAAACUCCUGAUUUGAAGGUUUUAUGCUGGUUUCCUGCGUCCCCUGAGCAGCAAACAAACCUGGAGUCGACCUUUGCUCACUGCAUCUCGGCAAGAAGAUGCAGGAUAUAUUACAUCCUCAUUUGUGGUGUGAGCAGCCAGCCCGUUCUGACGCUGUGCAUGGGAAACAAUGGCAGCAAGCUGAAAACCUACAAUCCUUCAAAUCAGCUACAGUGGUUCAUCAACUUCACCAGCAAGACAAAGGGAGAUGUGAUUUUUCUUUUACUGGGUGGACACACUGGAGAAAUCUGCGCUGGAUCUGCCACAAAUUCUGCUACAAAUGAGCCUACGAGUCUGACCCUGGGUUUCUCUGUGCUGUCUGUAGUCCUCCUUUGGAUGUUUCUGCCUCAUAUUGCAGUUUGUGCUCUGAUCUAUUUAGGCUGGAAGGUAAAACAACAUAGCCACAGAGUGCUGCAGUCACUGAUAUGCUCAUCAUAAUGCUUUUUUUAAUCACAACCAACAGUUUGAGGUUAGAGAAAAGAUGCCUGUGCUUCAGCUCUGAAUACUUUAUAAAACAAGGACCUUUUUGUCUAUAUCCAACCAGGAGAAAAUCAUUCACGCUUUCAUAUCUAAUUCACAGUAAUUCUCUGUAUUUUCUGAACCAAGCCUUUCUUUGCAGCCUUCGACUGGUCCAGAGCACAGCAGCAGGGUUUCUAACAAGAUCAGAAAACCAUAUUACCUUUUCUCUUGCCUCCCUGCAGUGGCUCUUUGUUAGCUUUACAAUUUAAUCUACCAUUCUAAUAUUUAUCCAAAAAGCAAUACGUGAUCUUGAUCAAGGACAUAAUCAAAUAUCAUAAAGCCAACCCCACAAUCCACUCCGUCCAUUUAUAUUUCCAAGAAACAACUGAAACACAUUUUUACUCAUUCGUUUUUUAUCUCUUAUUUUGAUUCUUUGUGAGUUAGUGAGCUAGUAUUGUACAGUGUGUAUGCAUCUUUCUUGAAUUGUGUACUUCUAUUUUGGUCCAUUUCCUGGCUUUCCUAUUAAUCCCUUUGGAUUACCUGUGUUAAAUUUAAAGGACUGU